CAGCUUUUAUUCUUUAUAAAGGUCCUCUAAUUUUUGUUUCUCAGUUGCCAUAUAUCUACCUCAUUGUCACGAGUCUCAUCUCUUUUAAGUCAAAUCCAAACAAAAGAUGGGUCAAUCUUUGAAGAAAUUAACACCAGGAACUGAUGAAAAGAAGGCCAAGGAACUUGGACCAAUUAUAGAUAAAUUCUAUGAAAAAGAUAUAAAAAAUGCUUCAAGGGACUUCCCAGAAUUCUACCGAGGAGUAUGCGAGAUAGUCGAGGAACUAAAUAAAAAGUUUGGAUACACUCAGUUCAAACUCCCCGGAACGAAGGAACUUGAGAAGGCAUACAAUGAACACCAUAAAGGAAAAAACAAGGAAUUGACAAAAGCAGAAUUCCAGGAGAUUAUGAAAGAGAUGAUAAAGGAAUCAGGAUUCACUGGCGUGGGAGCAAAGGAAGCACUCUUGUACAUCUUUGGUGUUCCUGUGACUGCUCUGUUUGUUAAGCAAAGAGUGGGGCCUCAAGCAAUUCCAAAUGAAUUUUUCAUUCCAGGAAUCACUUCAGUCACUGUUUUAAUUCUUGCUGCUCUUAAUAAGAUAUGAUAUACUAAUUGUGACCAACCUAGCUGCAAUGUGGUUGUAGCCUUUACUUUGCACUUUUGCAAGUGUAAAUCAUUAUUAACAUUAAUGCUUAUAUACAUGUUAAUGAAAUCUUUAAAUAAAA